ACUACUUACACAGUUGGCUGCAAAUCCCCCUCCCUCCAAGAAAUGUUUUGAUAUAUGACCAAUGUUAGUUUGAAGCUAUAUAUAUCAUUAUGGAUAUCAUUACUUAAGCUUAUUCCUGCUAUUUUCUUAGAUUGUUGAAACCGGCACAAAACGAAUGAAACCUCGACUGCAUAGUUCACUGGGGUACACUUACACAAUAAGGAAGACAAGUUUAACAACUACAUAUUGGUGGUGUUCUGUACGACAGAGGGAUAACAGGUGUCCAGCUACCGUCAUCCAGAAGAGUGAAAAUUUCAUCCCAGGUCAAUAUGAACAUAACCAUCCUUGCAAUCCAUCAGCACUAUUAAAGACACGGGUUAGAGUAGAAGUUCUACAAAAAUGUGCCAGUAAUGCUGAACAGUCAGUUCCUGCAAUAGCUGAACAAGCUUUCCAGGCAUUUUGAACACCACAUGCUCAUCAGCUCUGGAACUUGGAUAAUGAUGUAAGAGCUGGUCAGCGCAAUCGACAGCAAUUAAUGCCUCCAGAACCUGUAAGUUUAGAUUCUGAGCUUGAUAUCGAUUACAUAGGGCGUGACUUCAUGAAGUCCGAUAUUAAAUCAGCUGACAGUCGUCACAUCCUCAUGGCCACAGAUGAGCAGUUGCAUCUACUUGCAAACAUUCGUACUUGGUACGUGGAUAGAACAUUUGACGUAGUGCGCAAACCUUUCCAUCAGCUUUUUACAGUUCAUAGGUUUCUUCGAUCCAAUAAUUGUGUCAAGCAGGUGCCUCUGGCCUUUGUCCUGAUGAGUCACCGUCGCAAGGGUGAUUACAUACAGGUCUUCAAGGCCAUCCUAGAUUCUUUGCCAAAUUAAGCAAACCUGGAAGUUGUUGUUUGUGACUUUGAGGCAGCAAUCUGGCAGGCUGUGAAGGAGUGUAUGCCUGAUGUACAUCUGCAUGGAUGUCACUUCCACUGGUGUCAGGCAGUGUAUAGAAAGCUUAACAGCCUGGGCCUGUCAACAGCGUACAGGAAGCGUGGCCCUCUGUAUCAUCUUUUUAAGAGAAUGCUAGCACUACCAUAUCUUCCUCGAAGGCACAUACAUGGGGCAUUUGACCAACUGAAGCUGCAGGCAGAACAAUCGGCACAAAUAAUACAGCUCUUUGAUUAUAUUGAGACUACCUGGUUCCAGUCAGCCACAUGGGAUGUCGUCAACUGGUGCAACUUCAAAAAACUGGUGAGAACAAAUAAUGAUGCAGAAGGUUGGCACCGACGAUUGAACACCAGGGCUGGAGGUAGCAGUGUACCAAUAUACAAGCUCCUGAAAGAUGUACUGUGAAAAGAAGGACAGUUCGUGACUACGCAGCACCAACUUGUGGCUGAACACAUUCUUAGUAGCUGUUCCAGGAAGUCCUCCAAGAAAUAAACAAGGAAAAUUGCACGAGUUGUGGAUGCAAUAUGAACGUCGAGAACUGACAACGGGUGCUUUUCUCUCAGCGUGUGUACCUUUGGUACCUUUAUAAGUUAUGAUUAGUACUGCAAAUUUUAUCAUGUCUGACUGUUAUUUUAGCUAUGCAAUGUACAUUUUAAGAUGUAUAUACAUUUAUACUUUUAGAGGUAAUAAAUAUUAUGAAGUCUUUUUAUUCCUCAUCA